UCCUCCAUCCCUCUCUCAUUUUUCUCUCUUAAAAAAAAGGAAAAAAACAUUUAUCUCUCUCUCCCAUCUCUCUCCCUAUUUUUCUUUUUUCUCUCUCAAAAGAAAAGGAAAAAACAUUUAUUUCCCUCAAUAUGUAAGGCCUUGGCCUUGAGAUUUGGCCCUUUUCUUGUGUUUUCUUAACAGAAAAACCUACUGAGAGAAUACAGAAGGAAGAAACUUUGAAACCCACCUCACCAUAUUUAUCUACACACACAAAUCUGUAUCUAUAUCUCUGCACUCAAGAACCACAAACGAGCUAAAAGCCCAACUGGGUUUUCAUCAUUUUCAUCAUCUUCAUAUAAAUCUGCGUCUUUCUUUUGUGCUGUUGAAGAAAGUUUUGAUUUUUUCACUAGGGUUAGGAUCAGGAUCCAGAUUGGGGAUUAAAGGAUUUCUUGGUUUUUCUUAUGAUCAGGGUCGAUUCGGGACUUGGUGAUAGAGUUGAGGUUCUGAUUCUUGGUGGGAACCAGUGGAAAAGAAGCUGAAGAUCAGAUUGUAGUUGACCCUCUUAGUUUCCUGAGGACUGGUUUUGAUUAGCUCAAGUGUGUGUGAUAUCACCUCUACAGUGUGUGUUUGUGACUUUGGAAUUGCCCGGUGUUUUAAUAGUAUUGUGACAUAAGGAUCUUGGAUUGAUGCCACACUGUGAUUGUGAAUUUAAAUUAUACCUCAGGAUAGCAGUAAGGUUUAGUUUUGAGGAGUUUGACAUUGUGAGUGGAGAAAAGUGGUAAAAGUUUUUACAGAAUCAUUGUGAAGCCGGAAUGAGCACAAGGGCAUGGUGCAUGGUCAAGAAUAUAGCUGGUUCCUUCCGUUACUGCAACAUUGCUGCUUGAAAGUUGUAGAAGCACUUUUGUUUCAGGACAGUGUUAUAUUUGCCUCUUGUGAUUUACUGUACGAUGUCUCGCUGCUUUCCGUUUCCACCACCAGGAUAUGAAAAGAAGCUUGCACCAGAAGUUGCCAACAUACUGAAAAAGGAGAAAACAAAAGAGAAAAAGCACAAGGAGAAAAAGGACAAGGAGAAGAAAGAAGGCAAAGACAAACGAGACAAAGAAAAAAGUAAUGGGAAACAUAGAGAGAAAAAAGAUAAAAAGGAAAAACACAAGGAUAGAAAGAAGGAUAAAGAAAAAAACAAGGAAAAAGACCAAGAGAAAGGUAGCACCUCGUCCGAGAAGAAACUUUCGGGGCAGAGUGAGGAGUAUAAUAGAGCAAAAGUUCUUCAGAGUGAAAAAGUGCGAGAUGAAGAGAAAAAGGAACAAAGCAGCACCUCAGAAGAAAAGCGACAGAUUGGUCAAUUUGCUUAUUGUAAUGGAGAGAAGCUUCAGCAGAAAGUGGAGAAAAGCAGAGAGAAAAAAGUUACUGCUGAUGAGACGUUUUCCGUGCAGCUUCAGGCUCAUACUGGAGGUAACAAAGCUGUUUUGCAUAGUUUUGCUGACAAGGAUUCUCAAGAUUCAAAAUUUAUGUCGGAUUUCAGCAAGAGAAUUAACGACGACGGAAAGGGAACAGGGAGCCAGAUGGUUGAGGGAUUCAUGGAUAAGGGACUCAAGAAGGUUGAGAAAAUUGAUAAAUUUGCAGUCAGAGAUUCUAGUACGGUUGAAGGCAAGGAAAAGUUUAAGGACAAACAAGUUAAUAGCUGGAAGAUCAAUGAUGGGCAAAGGAUCCACCAUGAAGAAAAUUUCAAUGGAAAUGCAAUGUCUCAGAACCUUUCUGGAAGCAUACAAAAUAAAUUUGGAGUGCCUCCUAAAUCCAAGGAUAACUCUGAGGGAACAAUGGGAGGGAAAGAGAAAUCGAAAGAAGGAGAAAGAGAUGAUAAAAGAGGGGAAAAACGGAAAAGUAAACACAAAGAAAAAAAGAGCAAGGGAAAAGACAAAAACAGUGAAAAAGAGAAGCGGAAGGAAGAUAAAGCAAAAAAGGAUCGUCAGAAAUCUGAGAAGGAUGAUUCUAGGAGUAGCAACAAGAAUGACGCUGGUACUCCGAAUAACAAGACAUCUCAUUUGCCCAAAGACGACGACAAGAAUGCUGCUGAGGGUAUUCUGAAAAAAAGAAAAGAUAUUGAGAAAAAUGGUUUCUUGCCCGAAUAUGUAAUUAAGCCUGAGAAAAUGCCAAGACUCAGUUCUCAUCCAUUGUCAGAAAAUGGACAGAAACCGGGACCUCUGGAAACCACCACCCUUUUCACCUCACAAAAGCAGGGGACACUUAAUAGUUCUGAAGUAGUUAAUAAGGAUAACAAGAUAAAUGGUUUAACAGGACCGCAUCAGGUGCCUACUUCUGAGGCGGCAAAGCCUCCACCUGUGAUCGCUGAGCAUAUUGCUGAAGCAUCAAGAAAGCCUCCUCAUCCUGAUAUGAAGUACUUAAGCAAAGUACUUACAGUUCCUCAAAUGGAUGAGUGGUCUGAUGUUGAUGACCAGGCAUGGCUGUUUAAUAACAAAGAUUCUCUAUUGAACAAGUCUGAAGUAGAUCCUGUUGGGGUGAACCAAGGACAGCAGGUAUGGGCUGAAACUUUAAGGAUAGAGUCAGCUGAUGUUUUUGCUCUGCCAUACGUAAUACCUUACUGAGUGGCACUCAGACUGGCACAUCUUAUGUUGGGUUCUUCAUUACCAUUCCAUCUUGAAUCUAUUUAAGGGCUGCCUUCGAUAUUGAUUAUCCCUGGUUUCCAUCGGAUUCUUCCUCACUCAAUUGCACUGAUGGGGUGUUUAACUGAUUUCCCGUGUCCUAAUAUUCUUUUGCUGAACAAUGAGGUGCAAUGUGCUUGCACACACACAAACGCAGGUACAAACCUGGACAAUACCUGCUUUGCAGAGCAAUGAUAUCUUUCUGCAGAGCAGACGGAUAGGACUCUGCAUCAUUAAAGUUCAUAUCCAUUGCCGGGUAGAGGUGCAAUUUUUGUGUUGGUGAAACUAAAGGUGCAGACAAACCGCUGAGUACUGUUGAGCUGGAGUACGCAACUAACUCAGAAAGUUGACUAGGUUCGUGCUGAAAUUGAGUGUAGUUAGAAAGAGAGAUGUAUCGGCUUCUUCUGCAGUUUUAUGUUUAUUUACGUUAAGGAGAAAAUACUCUUUCUGAAUUCUGAUCGAGUGUAAGAGAAACUAGUUGUUGCCAAAGUUUUGAUUUGUAACAUAGAUAAGUUCGAGAUAAAGGGAAAGGGAAAAGGUAAAGAGCAGUAUGCUCAAUUCAUUUGACCGGAACAUCUGGAGUAGCUUCUGUCUAUAACAUGUUCUGUAUUCUGGGUUUUUGUAAAAUUACUAGCUUGAUAAGUUCCCCUAGAGUGUGUAUAUAACUGUAAUGAAAGUUAUUAGGCUUUUACGAAAUCUAUACUUCACUUUCUCUGGCA